AUGUACAACGUUUCCAUUAACGCAUCAAUCUCCAUUUCAGCUGAAGAAAGUGUUUUAUGGACGGCUGCCUCUAUUCUGUUGCUUUUUGGCCUUUUCGGAACAGUGGGAAAUAUCUUUGUGAUAAUUGCAUUUCUUCACAACAAACACUUACGGACACUAAGGUACGUUCUCGUGGUUAACCUGUCGCUGUCAGACCUACUUGUACUCAUUGUGACGAUCUUACCUGUCUGCACAGCAUACUUAGCCGGUUCGUGGAUCUUUGGUUUGGCGUUGUGUAAACUUCAACUUUAUAUUCUUUCAUUGUGCACAUUUGUGACACUCCAGACCAUAUCAAUCACCGCCGUACACCGUUGUUUGAUGGUUACCAACAAGGCUCUCUACAACAGUAUCACCACUAGAAAGUCAAUGACUGUUCUUAUUGUAGCAGUGUGGAUGAUAGCCGUUGUUCCAAUCAUCGUUAUUAAGGACAAUGUACAAUACAGCACCAACAAGUUGCAUUGCGUCUCGGUGGUCCUUAUGCGUGAACCAAUAAUGGCGAUUUUAAUCGGGAUACUAAAUGUGACUGUGUUCGCAUCCUAUUUACUUAUAGCUUUUAGGAUUCGCCAAUGCAAUAUGACAGUGGCAACGGGGACUGGAAGACUCCAAGUGCACCCAAGUGUAAUAGCAUUUCACGAACUCCAACUGUUGAAGACAGUCUUCGUUGUUUUCGUUGUGUUAAUAGGAGGAUAUCUACCAAUGGCCGUGGUACGCGGUAUCGCUAUUAAUUUUCAGGUUCCCCAUGACGUGAUUGUAAUAAUUUAUACAAAUCACUUGGUCUUGGUUUAUUGUUUGAAUCCACUGAUUUAUGCCAUUUUCAACGUGCGACUUCGAAGAGCAUUUCUGAAGAUUAUGUGCAUCAAACAACACACUAUUGGCGUGGCAGUUGUGUACCAGGAAAGAAAUACUAGUAAAAACUUGAAUCCGGCACAGCCAGCGAGCAGAAGAGUAACAUUUGGUGAUGUUGUGAUAGAGGAGCACUUAUAA